UCGACAAACAGCAAAAGAAGAGCAAACAAAUAUUAAAUCAACCCGAUUGAGUACACAAACUCAAGUAACUCAAGAUGUCCGAACGGUACAACUUCACGGAUCACUUCAACAGCUACACAAUACGCGGACGUGCUAACGUUGCCAAGGCCACGCUGGCCGCUCUGGGUAUCGCCUAUGUUGCGCUGAAGAUGAAACAGGCUUCGGUGAAGCGUCGCGAAGCUCAGCUCUACUGCAAGGGCUGUCAGAAGGUUCUUCUUCGUAAUUAAAAAGAAGGAGGAGGAGGAGUGGUGGAUCAGGGGGAGCCGUUGGACCGGGAGUCAAUUAUUGUAGGAUAUUUCAGAUCUUAAAAUAACGGAAAUGUUGAAUGUUCUGCAGCAGUGCUGUAUAUCGCCUCUGUAACAUUUUUACACGUAUUUUACCUAACCUCUGCAUACAUUUCUCGAAUGAACUUUACAUGUGCUUUCGCUGAAAGCGCUUUAUGUAUAUCGCGCAGCUUUGGUCAUUUGGUUUUCAGUACAGACAAACGCUGACUGCCAUGAAACAACACAAAUAAACAGCUGUGCGCCGUAAAAUUAA